AUGAAAGACCCGCGUUGCGACGUUAAAUGUCGGCACAUUAACGGGACGCUCGUACGAGUUAGCAGAAGCUCUAGGUGUCGAAUUGAUUUCUGUGCCGUGCAGGAAACGAGGUGGUCCUGCUGCAAGUCCAGGGACAUUGGCCUCGGCUUCAAAGCCGUUCUUCGUGGUGGCCCCAAAACCACCAACGGCGUCGGGAUAAUAGUCUCUCAACGGUUCCGCGACUCGAUAGUAAGCGUGGGACGCUUCGAUGACCGCCUAAUGAAGAUCGUGGUAGUCAUAGAACGCCAAAAAUACUAUCUCUUCUCAGCGUAUGCUCCACAGACUGGAUGCUCCGAGCAAAUCAAGGGCACGUUCUGGAACCUGCUCGAUGAAAAGACAGCUGAAGUGCCGUUACAAGAAGCCAUAGUUGUCGCAGGUGACCUCAACGGUCACGUGGGUGCUACGAAAGACGGUUAUAGCUGCCAUGGGGGUCUCGGAUAUGGGUCGCGUAACACUGAUGGCGAGCGAAUUCUCGAAUAUGCAGAUUCGCAUAAUCUCACCAUUGUAAACACGAGAUUUCGCAAACGUGACUCUCAUCUCAUCACCUUCUAUAGCGGUAAGACCAGAACGCAAAUUGACUUUGUCCUUGUCAGGCACCGCGAUCAGGGGCUCGUAACAGACGCAAAGACUGUUCCUUAUGAAACGGCCGCAACACAACACCGACCACUGAUUUGUACGUUAAAGAUCGCCCUGCCGNGGGUGCGCAUCCUUUACACUAGCCCAAAGAGCCGAGUGCAAACGGCAGCGGGCACAUCGACGGAAUUCCCCAUCUCCGUCGGAGUACGCCAAGGCUCUGCGUUAUCCCCACUACUUGUUGUUGUCGUCAUGGAUGCCAUUACAAAAGACCUCCAGAAGCCGGCUCCAUGGACGCUUCUUUAUGCCGAUGACGUGAUGCUCGCCAGCGAAGACAAAAGUGAGCUCGAGUCACAGGUGCAGACCUGGUCCGACCGUCUGGCUAUGUUCGGGCUCAGGUUAAACGUCAAAAAGACUGAGUACUUGACCACUGAUUCGAGCGAGCCAGGCUCUAUCAAUAUCAGUGGCACUGAGCUCACACGGACAACAACCUUCAAGUACCUUGGAUCGGCAAUUGCGUCUGAUGACAGCCUGGGUUUUGAAACGAAAUCUCGCGUGAAUGCAGCGUGGUUGAAGUGGCGCUCAAUGACUGGCGUACUCUGCGAUAAGAACAUCCCUGAGCGUCUCAAAUCCAAGAUCUACAGAACCGUCAUCCGGCCGGUCGCAAUCUACGGCGCUGAAUGCUGGCCUGCAGCCAAAGAGGUUGUAGCCCGUCUCAGCGUGAUGGAGACCAAAAUGCUGCGCUGGACAGCCGGAGUAACACGUCUAGACCGUAUAAGUAAUGACGCCAUCAGGGAGCGAUUUGGUGUUGCGUCCAUUGUCGGUAAAAUGCGCGAAGCUCGUCUACGAUGGUAUGGUCAUACUCCUCGUGCAAAGAACGACAGUGUCCGCAAGAUCGGUCUCAACCUUGACGUGCCCGGGAAGCGGCCUAGAGGACGUCUAAAGCAGCGGUGGCUCGAUACGUUGCACGAAGAUCUUAAAGCGGCUAACAUCCAUUCCGAUCAAGCGUUCAAUCGGGAGAAGUGGCGUCAACAUAUCAGAAAAGCGGACCCCGCCUACAAGCGGGACAAACGCUAA